GGGUAGCAAUCCAGAGUGUGUCAGCAUGGCCAGAGAAGAGGGCUGAAAUCAGGCACAUGAUGGAAGUUGCUGCAAAGGAUAUUGAGCGACUGGGAGGCACGGCUCAACUUAUGGACAUUGGGAAACAAAAGGUAUGUGAGCAUCUGUCUUCUCGAUAAAGUUCUUAAGCUGACAAGAUGUUUGCACCAAGAAGUGUGCUAGUUUCUGUGAUCCCAGUAAGAAAGGUGCUCAUACACUUCAAAGAAUCACUUAAAAUGUUAUUUAUUAGGGCUACAGUUGCAAUGAAAGAGGAGAGUGUAAAUAGUCUUAUGUCCCUUUAGAUGCUGGGAAUGCAAACUGUAGUGUCUAGCAGGCAUCCCAUUGGCAUGUAGCAUGCUGUGCAGACCCUAUUUGUGAAGAUGUUGUUCCAUUUUGCUUAUUCAAACUACAUGAGAAUUUCUGAAAAGCAACUUCAUUGAUUUCAUCAUCAGACAAAAGGGACGUUCACAUGAGAACUUGCUGUGCUUUCUGAUAAAGGCAAGGACAUGCACGUGCUGUAAUCACCUGUAGCAAGUGGGAUCUGCCUACAAGCUGCAGUUUGCUGACUGUGUUUAUCUUGCUGCCAAGUGAUAGUACAGUGCAAUGUCUGCCUGAAGGCUGAGCUAUAUACGCAUCAUAUCAUAGCACAGGCUUGGGUAUACUUGGGCUGCUAGAUGGAUUACUAAUUCCUUGUUAUAUGAAGAUCUUUUGGACCAGAUCACUACAGGAGCCUUGUGAGUUGUGACCUAGAAAAGCAGUAGUCUCGUGAGACAUGGGAUAAAGUCCUUCUACAGUCUUGAAGCUUCAUGUUAAGACCUUUAUUAUAGUCAGUCUUGGGAUCCAUAUCAGUCAAGCAUAUCACUACAUGUUGGGCUGUGUGUUAAGUCUUUUUAAAUACUGACUGAACAUGAACAGAGCACCUGCAAAGAAAAAUGUGAUUCUUAACAGCAGGCUGGUCUUAUCCUCACGGUCUCUGGGCCCAAGGGAUGAUACUGACUGAAGUUUCAGGUCUUCUGAAAGACUUCUGAAUAGCUCUUCCAGAAGGGUAUUACAUUUAUUAAAAUAUUGCACUCCUCACUUGCCAGAUAGAGAUGGAUGCUUAAGAGGAUGAAUGUAUUCCUAAUUUUCACCUGUCUGGAUUGCUUUUUUUCACAUGAGAGAUGUGUGUGCUGCUGAGAAGAAUUUCAUUCUGGAGAACAAUCCAAUUGAUCUGCUGCUUCUCUGAAGUGCCCAGUCACUGUUUCACAGAAUGAGUCCCAUGCUGAAGUUGUUAGACGAGCACUGUGAUAGUGGCAUUCAAAAUGGAGUUGUACUAUAGCAUCUGUGAAUUUCAGGAGCUGGUUAUUGUAAUUGGUGCUGAUGACUGCAGGGUGAAAGCUAUGCCUAACAGAGGAUCCUCUGAGCAGUUCUUGCAUCUGGCAACUUGAAUACACUUAUUUGUAGCACUGUAGGUCCCAGCAGGACAGUGUGUAAUUUCUUGCUUCAUCUUGAGGGGAAGAAGGCUCUUGAGAAUCUGUAACUCUGCUGUUAUCUACAGCCUAAAAUCCCACCGUGAAUGUUUCAAUUAAUGCACUGAGACAAACUCUGUUCAUCAGUGUUACUUUCUUGGGAAGUAAGAACUAUUGCUGCUAUAGCAAUGAAGAACAAUGUAAAGCAAUUGGCUAAGUUGCCUGAUUCAAGUUAACUUUACUACUGUACAGCAGGUUGUACUGAUUAUUGUAACUUCUUGUAAUAUUGUUUUAAUCUCUUAAAGCUGCAAUUGGCCAGGGACCAUGCAGCCAGCUGAUAUAAAUCUGAACUUAAAGCCCAGAAGUGAUAUCUGAUGCUGCUUUUGAUCUGCUGAGCAGUUUCCAGGUGUGUGUUCACCAAUAUGGACAUAAGUGCUGACUGAGAAUAGCAUGUGAUAACUGCUUAUGGCUUACUCCAAAGAACUAAGCUAAGUUCAACUUUAUCAGCACUGCCCUGCCAUUCACUUAACAGUGUAGGCUAGCAUGGAGAAACAGAGCUGUUAAAGAUCUCACAUGAGUGUAGGCACGUAUUACUCAGUGAUUUCAUUGUCAGGAAAUCACUGUCACAAGAUCUAUACUGUGGACAAGAUGAAAGUGCAGUGACAAGCAGUGCAGAAUACUCUGAAUGGAGUUCAGCACUGAUGCUGAGCUGCCUGAUGGAUCAGAGAUUCCUCUACCUCCAAUUAUUCUGGGAAAGCUUGGCUCAGAUCCACAGAAAAAGACUGUGUGUGUGUAUGGCCACCUAGAUGUUCAGCCAGCAGCACUGGAGGAUGGCUGGGACAGUGAGCCCUUCACACUGGUAGAAAGAGAUGGAAAGCUGUAUGGGAGAGGAUCAACAGAUGACAAAGGUCCAGUGCUUGCCUGGCUGAAUGCCUUGGAGGCUUAUCAAAAAACUAAUCAGGAAUUGCCAGUAAAUAUUAAGUUCUGCCUAGAGGGUAUGGAGGAAUCAGGAUCAGAAGGCCUUGAUGAACUGAUUUUUGCUCAGCGCAAUGCUUUCUUCAAAGAUGUGGAUUAUAUUUGCAUUUCUGACAACUACUGGCUAGGCAAGAGUAAACCUUGUAUCACCUAUGGCUUGAGGGGUAUUUGCUACUACUUCAUAGAGGUAGAAUGCAGUGACAAAGACCUUCACUCUGGAGUUUAUGGUGGUUCGAUACAUGAGGCCAUGACAGAUCUCAUUGCUCUAAUGGGUUCUCUCAUAGACAAGAAGGGGAAAAUCCUCAUCCCGGGCAUUAAUGAAGCAGUGGCAUCUGUUACUGAUGAGGAGCUGGCCAUUUAUGAGAAGAUUGAUUUUGACUUAAAAGAAUAUGCAAAAGACGUAGGAGCAGCAAAACUAUUGCAUGAUACAAAGAGAGAUAUCCUUAUGCAUAGAUGGAGAUAUCCUUCCUUGUCUCUCCAUGGAAUUGAAGGAGCCUUCUCAGCCUCUGGAGCCAAGACUGUGAUUCCUAGGAAAGUGAUUGGCAAGUUCUCAAUCAGACUUGUGCCAAACAUGACUCCUGAAGAAGUCACAAAGCAUGUUAAAGACUACCUGAGCAAAAAGUUUGCGGAGCUGCAGAGCCCUAACAAAUUCAAGGUAUACUUAGGCCAUGGUGGAAAACCUUGGGUGUCAGACUUUGACCAUCCCCACUACAUGGCUGGCAGAAAGGCCAUGAAGACAGUGUUUGGAGUUGAACCAGACCUGACAAGGGAGGGAGGAAGUAUUCCUGUUACCCUCACUUUUCAAGAAGCAACAGGCAAGAAUGUCAUGCUGCUUCCUGUUGGUGCUGCUGAUGAUGGUGCCCACUCUCAAAAUGAGAAACUGAACAGGUACAACUACAUUCAGGGAGUGAAGAUGCUUGGAGCAUACCUCUAUGAAGUUUCACAACUGAAGGACUAAGACACCUCACCUUCUGGCUUGUGAUUCAGAAAUCUGACUUUUCUUGGGAAACAGCAUCUAUUAAUUCUUAUGUGUCUCCCCUUUUCCACCAACACUCCACUACUUUGGAGAAGAGGGAAGCAUGUCAUUCUACUUGAGAAACAAAUGUUGUAAACCAAAAAUAAUUCUUCAAAUGACAGACUACUUCCCAUCUGUCCAAUAGUCCUGAAAGGCAUCUUUCUCCUCUGUAUCACAUCAAAGUUCUAGUUUGCUGUACUCAUCUACUUUUCCUGUAAUGCAGGAGGAACUGGGUGCUCUCAGCUGUUUCAGCAGCCACAUUAGCUGCAGAACUGUUGGCUGGGUUUAAGGUACUUUUUCCAAGAUAUGUUCUGGAAGUAGUCACAGUGACAGAUUAGGGGUCUGUACUGGAGUGUGCUCAAGCUGUAGCGUGGCAUCUGUCUUCCUAAAGGAUUGGGAAGAACAGUUUGUCUUACAGUUUAUACCUGCCUGCAGGUUUCAAUUUACAGUGCAUUAGGUUGUAACAAAAUUCACUGUGAUAAUGACUACUAGUCAUCUUUGUAAAGCUGCUUUUGUACUCCCUAAAAAAGGACAAUAAAUAAUCACACUCUA